AUGGAUCAAAAAUUACUUGGCGACCAAUAUUCUCAAUCCCCAGAUAAAGCAUCUCCUUUUCCAGGUGCUUGUAAUUUUCAUUUAGAUUCUGAUUUCUAUUCACUUGAGAGCCCAUUUUCAGCUUUUAAGACAACAGCAGGAACAAAUACUAAUCUGAGCCCUCAGCUGCAAGCUAAAACUCAAAAUUCAAGCCCGAACCCAAGAAUAGUUAGCUUUCAAAAAUCAGCACCAAAUAGUCUGAGAAAAAUAAUCCCUCCUCCACCAGGAUUUGAAUGGACUCAAGAUAAUGGAACUGGCGAUAAAAAUAUUCAAUCAGAUCUAAAAAUUGACAGCCCAACACUUAAACUAAUCCAACAUGGGGAAUCAUAUCAGUCUGUAGAAGAACUAAGUAACGAACUUGAAAUUUAUAAAAGAAAACUUGCAAGAGCAGAAAAAGAUGUAGAAAAAUAUAAAAAUUCAUAUUAUACAGUAUUGCAAUUACAUGAUACCAAUAGUGAUUCAAGAGCUGAUAAGCAAUUUCAGUCAUUCAAAGCGGAUGAAAGAUUUUAUGAAUGUAAGGCUUGCAAAGAAAUCCAGCAGGAGAACUUUGUUUUGCAUGAAAGAAUCACAAAAUUUGCUGCUGAAAAUAGCAAAGUUUUAACAAGUUUUUAUGGCUUAUUUACACAAUUUCAAGCCAUUCAAAUUGAAAAUCGAGAGCUCUGGGGAAAAUUCAAAGCUGCAAUUGAAGGGAAGCCAAUAGUAUUUAACUGUACAGCAGAAAAAUACUGCAAUAUUGCAAAAGGGUAUAAAGAUCAGCUCAUUGCUAUGCAGAAAGAGUUGGAAGAUUUAAAAAGAAGUCCUAAUGGUUUCAAAAACUCUGCAAGAUCUUUUGGGCUUGACGAUAAACUAUCUCAGGAAAGCAAUAGCCCAGAAAUCCGAACUUCAUUUAAAAAAGACAGAUCUGACUCAAUUAAGCAUGUAGCCAUUAAUGAAUGCCAAGAAUGUCUCCUUAAACAGUCACGUCUAGUCGAAAAGGAUAAAAUUAUUAAAGAGCUCCGAGACUCUUUAAAUUCUCCACUACUUCGUUCCCAAAGCCUUGAUAUAUCCACGAAUAAAGACUUUCAAAUAUUAAAAGAGCAUCUUUGGCAUAAGAUUUCCUUUAUAAGAAACUUACUUGGAGAGCCAACUCAAAUAGCUCUUCCAGGACAUAAAGCAGUAAUUGGUCUACUGGAAAGUCGAGAAAUUUUAGAAAAAUGGUGGAAUCAGCGAUCAAACUUCUCACAAGAAAGUGACUGGAUUAAAGAAGGGCAGCAGAUAAUAUCACAAGCCUGUGCAUUCGCAAAAGAUACUUUAGAGGUAAAACCAAUGAUAAAAGGAAGACCAGGACGAGAGCUCAGGAUGAGUGUCCAUAAACAAGUGAUUGAGAUUGAGCAAGCGUUUAAUAAGAUGUCUUCAAUGUCUCCUGAAAUCGAAGAAAUUAAACGCAUGUUUCUUGAGCUCCCUUAUCUAUUAAAGCCAAUUUUUGAUCUGAUGAAAGAAUAUGAGCAGCAAAAUGCAGGCAUUGAACUUUCACCAGACUUGAAACUUGACUCUGUAAUUAGUGAACUAAAAAUACUUCAAGACUCGCUAUGUGAUCAACCGAGUAAAAUAGAAGGUAAUGAGCAAUUCGCUCCGAUUGUAAGAAGAAAUUCUAAAAGGCAUCGAACUAAUGCAUAA